UGAUAUGAGUCUAAUUCAUACAUUCCAAUGAAAGAGAAAACCAAGAGGAAAAUACCCUUUAGGAGGAACAAAAAACUAUUAUAUAUUUCCCAUUAAAUAUUCAUUUUCAUAUCAUGCACCUUGAAACUAAUGAACUCAGAAAUUAUUUUGAAUAAAACCUUUUUGAAGUUCUCCCAUUUUUUCUUUCUUUUAACUUCAAGUUUUGCAACUUUCUUGAAGUUGGUAUUCUUCAUUAUCAUAACAUCAUAACAUGGUUUUGAAAUUUUCUCUCAUUGUAGUUUUCACUGUGUUUCAUUUCUUCACUUUGGAAGCUAAUUCUAAGAAUCAUAAUCCCAAUCACAAUGUUGAGCCUAAAAAAUCACUGACUGAUUUUGCAGUUAGAGACUUAACAAGAAUUCAAACUCUACACAAAAGGGUCAUUGAAAACAAGAACCAAAACUCCAUUUCAAGGAUGCAAAAAACGAAGGAAGAAUCAAAGAAAUCUUAUAGGCCUCGGGUGGUUUCUCCGGCUGCACCGCCGGAAUAUUUUACUGGAAACUAUUCAAGUCAGCUUGUUGCAACGUUGGAGUCAGGAGUCAGUUUUGGCUCUGGUGAGUAUUUCAUUGAUGUGUUCAUAGGCACACCACCAAAACAUUUUUCUAUGAUACUCGACACCGGUAGUGAUCUUAAUUGGAUUCAAUGUGUUCCUUGUUAUGUUUGUUUUGAUCAAAAUGGACCAUAUUAUGAUCCUAAAGAUUCUUUUUCUUUUAAGAACAUAAGUUGUCAUGAUUCGCGUUGUCAACUUGUGACAUCGCCUGAUCCUCCUUCUCAGUCUUGCAAGACUGAGGAGGAGAAUCAGGUAUGUCCGUAUUUUUAUUGGUAUGGUGAUAGUUCAAAUACAACAGGCGAUUUCGCAGUUGAAACAUUCACCGUGAAUCUCACGAAACCGAAUGGGAAAUCGGGUUUCAAAAUCGUCGAAAAUGUUAUGUUUGGUUGUGGUCAUUGGAAUAGAGGACUAUUUCGCGGCGCGUCUGGAUUAUUAGGCUUAGGAAGAGGACCAUUAUCAUUUGCUUCACAGCUUCAGAAUCUCUAUGGUCAUUCAUUUUCAUUUUCCUAUUGUUUUGUGGAGAGAAAUAGCAAUUCAAGUGUUAGUAGCAAAUUGAUAUUUGGUGAGAACAAAGAGCUUCUUAAUAAUCCUAAUAUGAAUUUCACUUCUUUUGUUGGUGGAAAAGAGAACACAUUUUACUAUGUUGAGAUAAAAUCUGUUAUGGUUGGUGGUGAGGUGUUGAAUAUAUCCGAAGAAACUUGGAAUUUAUCAGAAGAAGGUGUUGGUGGCACAAUAAUUGAUUCUGGUACAACUUUAACUUAUUUUGCUGAACCUGCUUAUGAGAUUAUUAAGGAAGCAUUCAUGAAGAAAAUCAAGGGCUAUGAAAUUGUAGAAAGCUUUUCACCUUUGAAGCCAUGUUAUAAUGUUAGCGGAAUUGAAGAAAUGGAAUUGCCCGAAUUCGGAAUCGUGUUUUCCGAUGGCGCUGUUUGGGAUUUUCCGGUUGAGAAUUACUUCAUUCAGAUUGAGUCUGAUGAAGUUGUUUGUUUGGCUAUUUUGGGGACUCCUAAAUCUGCUCUUUCAAUAAUUGGAAAUUAUCAACAGCAGAAUUUUCAGAUUUUGUAUGAUAGGAAGAAUUCAAGACUCGGUUAUGUUCCAAAGAAAUGUACCGAAGUUUAACAGACACUUCAGAUUGAAGACGUGUAUGGUGUCUAGCUCUAUCAGUGUCUGACAUUAACACACGUAACACAUUCUGUUGUUUUAUUUUCUCAAAUUAUUAUCAGUAAUGACGUAUCUGUGUCAGGCAAUUUAUAAUGUAUAUAAGAGUAAUAUAGUUAUUUUGACAUUAUUCUACUUUGUUGUGGACCAUUUUCUUUAGAACACUUUCUAUUUUUAAAGUUCCUCACUUUUCUUGAACAAAUAUUCAAAUGGAAUAUGGCUAUUAAAUUAU